AUGAGUGCGGGCGACGCCGUGUGCACGGGCUGGCUCGUCAAGUCGCCCCCCGAGAGGAAGCUGCAGCGCUACGCCUGGCGCAGGCGCUGGUUUGUCCUCCGGCGGGGCCGCAUGAGCGGCAACCCCGACGUGCUGGAGUACUACAGGAGCAAGCACUCGAGCAAGCCCAUCCGCGCCAUCGACCUGAGUGAGUGCGCAGUUUGGAAGCACGUGGGCCCUGGCUUUGUGCGGAAGGAGUUUCAGAACAAUUUCGUGUUCAUUGUCAAGACGACUUCUCGUACCUUUUAUCUGGUGGCCAAGACCGAGGUGGAAAUGCUGGUGUGGGUGUACAGCAUCAGUCAGGUCUGCAACCUCGGCCAGCUGGAGGAUGGUGCAGAUUCCGUGGAGAGCUUCUCUCGCAUGCCCUGCUCCCUCCAGCCAUCCCCUGCCAGCUCCCUUCCCACCUCCUUGCCGAGAGAUGACCUAAGCACGAAUUCCGUAGCCACCGAGGAAAGCAGAAGUGAGUCAGAGUUUCUCUCCCUUCCUGAUUAUCUGAUUCUGUCCAACUGUGAGACUGGAAGACCGCGGCACGCCAGUCUGCCCACCAGAUGUGAUAGCUGGUCAAACUCAGACCGUUCAUUGGAACAGACUUCAUUUGAUGACGUUUUUGUUGACUGCCUGCAGCCUGUGCCCCCCAGUAACUUGGCCCACCCCUCACGCCAUGGGAGUGGCUCUCAGAAGGCGCCUUCCCUGAGGCCUCAGGCUGCCCUGAUAUGGAGCAGAGAUAUCAAUGGGCCAACCAGGGAUCACUGUUCUUCACCAUCGCCAGAAACUUCCUUAAAUUCCACCAUUCAGGUAGAUAAAAACCAAGGUUCCUUGCCCUAUGAGGCAAAAGAACUAGACAUCAUGUCCAACAUGCCACCUCCCCGCCCCCCGAAGCCAAGCCAUCUCUCUGAACGGCGCCCAGAGAAGCAGCUCAAGAAGCCAGAGUGCACUAUGGCACCAAGAAGAAUCUCUCUCUCCGGUUUAGAUAACAUGAGGACCUGGAAAGCUGAUGUUGAAGGCCAAUCGUUAAGACAACGAGACAAGCGGCUUAGUUUAAAUUUGCCGUGUGGGUUCUCCCCCAUGUCCCCUACGGCUUCAGGCGGGGCUGAAGACGGCUACGUGCCCAUGGGCCCCCAGGCGGCCAUCUCUGGUCUUGGAGCCCACUGCAGCCAUGAUGACUACAUCCCAAUGAGCCCAGGAAGCAUCUCAAGCCCGCUGCCUGAGCUGCCUGUGGACCUGGAGCCUCCGCCAGUGAACAGAGAUCUCAAGCCUCAGAGGAAACCACGGCCACCUCCCCUGGACCUGAGAAACCUCUCCACCAUCCGGGAACAUGCGUCUCUAACCAGGACCUGCACUGUACCUUGCAAUCGAACCAGAUUUCUCUCUCCAGAAAGAAAUGGUAUUAAUUCUGCAAGAUUUUUUGCCAAUUCUGUUUCCAGAGAAGAGGAAGAAAGCUACAUCCAAAUGGAAAAUCACAGAACAGCCAACUCCCUAAGCAGCAGUGCUCUGACAUGGACAAAGAAAUUCAGCCUGGAUUAUUUAGCUCUGGACUUCAAUUCAGCAUCACCAGCCCCUAUACAGCAGAAACUUCUCCUUUCAGAAGAGCAAAGAGUCGACUAUGUCCAGGUAGAUGAGCAGAAGACCCAAGCCCUCCAGAGCACAAAGCAGGAGUGGACGGAUGAGAGGCAAUCUAAAGUGUGA